AUGGUGCGAGCGGGUGCCAAGGGCCCUACGAAAUCUCAAAUUGAUUCCGUCAUCUCUAAAGGAGGGUCCGACAGGGAUAUUGAAGAGCAUUAUUCAAAGCUCUAUAACCAGAUCAUGAACGCGAAAGAGGGUGUGAAAAGCCGAAUAGCAAAUGGUUUUUUCCUAGACAAACAGUUCAAAAUAGAGAAGAAAUAUGAGCACGAUAUUCAAAAAAAUCUCCACGCCAAAGUGGAAGCUCUGGAUUUUGCCGAAGCAAAGCACUCGGCUAAGGUUAUUGACGACUUCAUAAGUAAGAACAACUGA